UUUUCAUGAAAAUUAUCAUUUUUAUUUUAUUAAUAAUAAUAUUAAUUCUAUCCCAUCCCAUUUUACUAAUCGGCGAUCGACGGAAUCCCUAUUCCUCGCCGCCGAUUUCAAUUACUUGAAUCCCUCAUUUGUUCCCUUCGCUUAGUUAAGUGAGCUCCCCUACAACACAAAUAUAGAAAAAAGAUUUCUGAUUUUUUGUUUCCCGUUUUAUCGGUACAGAGAUUCAAAAAUUAGCUCAUAAUCUUGAUUUUUGCAAGCUGUAAAAGGCACGUGGCGAUCUGUGUCUUGCUUCACUUCUCAAAUAUAGAAAAGAUGAAAUGGUUGAAUAUGUCAAUUCAGUCUUUUUUAAGGUUAAGCAUGUUGGGAGACAUAUGACAACAUUAAUUUCGAGAGUUUGGUUUUGAAGUUUGCCUAAAUUUUCUGAAUGGACGCCAACAAAGAGGAAGCCCUUAAAGCGAAAGAGACCGCUGAGAAGCGAUUUUGUGAAAGAGACUUUGAAGGUGCUAAGACCUAUGCCUUAAAGGCUAAAUCACUGUAUCCUGAAUUGGAAGGUAUAUCGCAGAUGGUAUCCACAUUCGAAGUGUAUGUUGCCUCUGAGGCUAAAUGUAUGGGUGAAACCGAUUAUUAUUCAAUUCUUGGGUUGAAGCCUUCAGCAGACAGAGAGGCAGUGAAGAAACAGUACAGAAAGUUAGCUGUGUUACUCCAUCCUGAUAAGAAUAAAUGUGUGGGAGCUGAUGGGGCAUUCAAACUUGUAUCCGAGGCUUGGACUUUGCUGUCGAAUAGAAUCAAGAAAAAUUCACAUGAUAUCAAGAGAAACAAACAGAUGGCUUCGGGAGUGGUUCAAACUUCAACAUAUGCUUCUGGGGUAACAUGUGUUAAUGCUACCUCACAAAGUAGACUUGAUACUUUCUGGACUGUAUGCACAUCAUGUAAAGUUCAGUAUGAAUAUCUUCGGAAAUAUGUGAACAAGAGACUUUCAUGUAAGAACUGCCGUGGUACGUUCAUUGCUGUUGAAACUGGAUCAGCCCCUGUGAACGGUUCUUUCCCGUAUUGUCCUUGGUCAUAUGUGCCAAGUAAUGGAUAUGGGAAUCAUGGAAAUGGGGUCAUGUAUGUCCCAACAAAUGCUACUUUUUUCAGUGGAAAUGGGGUUUCAGGUUAUCAUUCUGGGCAUGGGUAUGAGUAUGUUCCUAACAUGUCAUUUCAAUGGAGCUCGUUCUCUGGAACUUCUACCGGGGUUGUGAGUCAUAAUGGAGUAUCAGCCAUUUCCACUGAUGCCAUUUAUCAGAGCAAUGGAGAGGCUAGAGUAGCAGGGUCGAAGGUGAAAUCUGGUGCCAAUGGAAAAGCCUCAAAAAGCUUUGCCGCUCAGUCAACGCAAAUUUUUUUUAAUGGUUAUAAUGAAUCUUUAGGAUCCAAGCCCGGUAACAUUGAAAAGAAGAGGAAGGUUAUUAUUGAUUCUGGAUAUAGAAAUGGAUUUGAAGACAAAGGAUUAGAAUCUCCAGAAGCAGGAUUAGCAAAUGCAUAUGGGAAAGAGCCUGAUCCAAAGCUUUUCAACUCCAGUGAACCCCCAAAUAGGCGAUGCAUAUUGACUCCGGCAUUUGAUGCUCGAAAAUUGUUAAUUGAGAAGGCGAGGACUGAAAUCCGGAGGAAACUGGAAAAUAUUAAGUUGGCUUCGGAGGCAGCUGCUGCAGCUUCAGUAGGUAAAUCAGGAGCUAAUGAAGAUGGUCAAUCACUAGCAGCUGGGAAGGUUCUCAAGAGGACAAAUUUAGCUGUUUCUGCUGAUCAAUCAGCAUCAAAUAAAGGUGCAUCAGUCUCAAUUACAGUCCCUGACUCCGACUUCCAUGAUUUUGACAAAUAUAGAUCGGAGGAAUGCUUCAAACCAAAGCAAAUAUGGGCCCUUUAUGAUGAAGAUGAUGGUAUGCCUCGUUUGUAUUGUUUGAUUCGGCAGGUUAUCUCCAAAAAACCAUUUAAGAUUCUCAUCAGUUACCUGAACUCCAAAACUGACAAUGAAUUCGGGUCAGUGAAUUGGGUGGAUUCUGGGUUUACUAAAUCUUGUGGACACUUCAGGGCAUGGAAUUCUGACAUAAUAGAUCAAGUUAACAUUUUCUCUCAUCUUCUGAGAGGACAAAGGGCUGGAAGGGGAGGCUGCAUUCGCAUAUUCCCGAAAAGAGGAGAUGUUUGGGCUGUUUAUCGGAAUUGGUCACCUGAUUGGAACAGGUCAACUACUACCGAUGUGAGGCACCAAUAUGAGAUGGUUGAGGUGCUCGAGGAUUACAAUGAAGAAGUUGGAGUUUGGGUUACUCCCCUCGUCAAAUUGAUUGGUUUCAAGACUGUGUAUCAGAGAAACACAGACAAGGAUGCCGUUAGAUGGAUCCCGAGGAAAGAGAUGUUUCGGUUUUCACACCAGGUUCCAGCUUGGUUACUUGAAGGAGAAUCCGGUGAUUUGCCAGAUCGAUGUUGGGAUUUAGACCCGGCUGCAACUCCAGAUGAACUUCUUCAUGGUGCAUCAGAAGCCAAAGCUGAUUAGUCUGGAAUUUGAUUUACCAUUCUUUCACAACAUUUAGAUCGACUGUACAAACAUUUCACACAUGGCAUGGUUACUGUUUUCGGCCAAUGCAAAACAUUAACUCCUGAUGGUUUUUGAGGAUGUAAUAUUGCAGAGGAACAGUUUUUACAAUCCUGGAAGAAAAGAACACUCUCUUGCUCGUUCCAGCUGAUGAAUUGGAACCGAGU